UGGUUUGAUUUAUUCGAACAAAUCAAACCACUUCCAUUCAUACUUGAAUCAUUCCGUAUUUUUCCGUAUUUUCGUGCAAGGUUUACCGCAUUCCAAACUUAUAUACUUCGUUUCUUACGGCAUUAUUUCUCUAGUGAUAAAACCAAAAGAGGCCAGAUUGUGAUUACAGGCAACAAAAUGUUAGAAAUAAAACUUAAAGAAUACGAGUGACACCGCAUUGAAUGCACCCACAAAAGGCCUGGCAAACAGUCACUGAGCCCGCAACACCGUAACCCAAAAAAUCUACAUAACUUGGAGUCAAGUCGUUAGUGGUUCGCGGUUUAUUAAAUUUUGAGUUGAUUUCUCUUUCUUUUUUUUCACGUUUGACUGUAACAUGUAAUAUUUCAAGUGCUCAUCGAUACGUAUCAAUAAUAGGAAGUAACGGUAUCUUCAAGUGGCUUAUGGUAGGAGCGAUUCGUUAGGACUUCUCAAGGCUUUUUUCUGAGCGACUGGUGAAUUUUUUGACCGGAUACAAAUACUGUUUCCUAAUCAAAUUAUUGCUUUGUUCAAGCUACUUAAAAUGAUGUUAACCGGUAGAAUAUUAAGACAAAAGACGCUGUGAUCUUAUCAACACAAGGACUCUUAUAAGAACUGAAAGCCUCUCGUGCUAAACAGUCAAACCGUGUAUCGGCUUUUGACACACUUGGGAUAAAUUCUGACUUCGAAAGACUUUUCAGUCCUUCACAUGCCGCAAAGCAAGAUGAAACUCUUGUUAAUUCUCCUACAUGUUUCUCAACUAUGGGCUACCUCAUCUGCAGAGCUGACGGCCGAAGCAGCAAGAAAGGGCAAACAUAUGCUAUUGGGAGCCGACGCCCUUCUUGACAUGAAACGAGAUACAGGGUGGGUGGGAGAUGCUAUCUCUGAUGCACGUAUGCCACCUGGUUUGUACAGAGCCCCUGGCUUUCAGGGUGGAAAAAGAGAUACUGCCUCUGAUGCACGUAUGCCACCUGGUUUGUACAGAGCCCCUGGCUUUCAGGGUGGAAACUAGAGAUAAAUGAAAAUCCUUUUCUACAGCAGAAAACCAUCUUAACCCUAACCCUGACCCCUAAAGUGCUGAUUGAUUGAUUGUUAAUUGGGAAUGCAAUAGGCCUUAACGACUUGAUUUAAAUUCAAGCGCUUUUAAUUGAUACAGUCGUUUUGAACUUGGAAUAUCUUUUAACUUCAAAUAUAUAUUCAAAUAUAUCUUUUAACAUUCUAGAAAGGUUUAAGAGUUAAUAGACAUAUUGAGGAACUUCCGAAUAAAGCUAUCAUUUGCAAAGUCUAAAAUUGUGUCUUCACUUUUCCGUUUGCAUGAGGUGUACAGUAGCAGAGGUUAUAUCGUAGUAAUGCUGCGCACUGUACCAAGAUAGAUUACAUCACAUUUCAAGCAAACAACGACUGCGUACUAUUGGCAGUCCAACCCCGGCGUACAAAACGAUACUGAAUGACACUAUAGAAGUCUUAGUUGGUACGCAAGGAUCUUGCAGAGCCGCUGUCAGCCUUUUUCCCAGCCUCUCUGUACUUCUUAUCGAAUUCCAGGCAGGAAGAAAAGAGACACUGGGACGGGUGUUGAGCCGCAAUGACAGUACAUCAUGUCUGCUAGUUAAACCUUCGCAGGAAGUCGAGAAAUUUUUAGCGGCGGCUUGCGAGUUACCAAUUAACACGCUUGCACUGCAUUUCAAAAAGCACUAUUUGGUCCUCACCCAGAACUUGAAUAGAUGGCUUACAGCCAGACGUCCUCGUGUUUGAGCCAUCUGUUCUGACGAAUCGAAUGGCACAGAACAAGAGGUAAUUGUUAUUCUUUAAUCCCCAAAACAGAAUCAGGUAUUCCAGACAGUUUACAUGUAAUUGUCGGGUAAAAUGAUGAGUAUACUUUCGUAGAAACUCUUAUUCUUCGGCCAUUUCAGCUUGAGUAAAAAUAGAAAACAAACUGCUGACACAAACUUAAC